UAGAUGAUGAGUCUGAAAGCAAACCUGGUUAGCUGUGUAGGUGUAAUUCGGUCGCCGGUGGGUUAUUAAUGUCAGAAAGGAGGUUAUAUCAUUAAAAUAAACUCUUCAGUCUGCUGUAGUUAAUGUUAAAUUAAAAGUCUGUUCAGUAUUUAUUAGUGGCGUAUCUGUGCCUCGGUCAGCAUGGCAGAAGCCCACCAGGCCGUGGCCUUCCAGUUCACCGUCUCUCCCGAUGGCAUCGACCUGCAGCUGAGUCAUGAAGCCCUGCGCCAGGUCUAUCUGUCCGGCCUCCACUCGUGGAAGAAGAAGUUCGUCCGAUUUAAGAACGGGAUUAUGACCGGAGUGUACCCUGGCAGCGCCCCCGGACUCAUGCUGGUGCUGGCAGGGUACAUGGGAAGGGCCAAGUAUGCUCGAGUGGAUCCAUCAUUAGGGCUUCUUCUUAAAGCUGGCAAAUUUAUCCCAGUGAGUAAGUACCUGUCCCUGGAGAACCAGCAGACAGUGGGUGGCGUCUUGGUGGGCACAGGGCUCUGGCUGGUCAUAAUUUUUACCAUGAGGAGCGUCCUGAAGGGCCUGCUGUCCUGGCACGGCUGGAUGGGUGAACGGCAUGGCAGGUUAACCUGGAAAACACGCGCUUGGAUGAUAUUUGUGAAGAUCUUCUCCGGAUUACAGACACCUAAUCUGUACAGCUUCCAGACCUCCCUGCCCAACUUGCCCCUGCCCUCAGUGAAGGACACGAUGACACGGUAUCUGGAGUCUGUGCGCCCCCUGCUGGAUGAUGAGGAGUACAAACGGAUGGAGGAGCUCGCUCUGGAUUUUCAGAAGAACCUUGCUCCCAAACUCCAGUGGUAUCUGAUGUUAAAGUCCCUGUGGGCCACCAAUUACGUGAGUGAUUGGUGGGAGGAGUACGUCUACCUCAGGAGUCGUAAUCCAAUCAUGGUCAACAGUAACUAUUAUGCAAUGGACUUCCUGUACGUCUUCCCCACAAACCUUCAGGCUGCUCGGGCAGGAAACACCAUCCACUCCAUCAUGCUGUACCGCAGGAGACUGGACCGGGCUCAGAUUAAACCGCUCUUUGCGCUGUCGAACACCGUUCCGUUCUGUUCGGCCCAAUGGGAGCGGCUGUUUAAUACCAGCCGUGUUCCAGGCCUGGAGAGGGACACCCUGCAGCACGUCUCCAACAGCAGGCAUAUCGUGGUUUACCACAAGGGGCGCUAUUUCAAGGUGGGGAUGUUCUACGACGGGCGCUUGCUCCUGCCCAGAGAGCUUGAGCAGCAGAUGGCGAGGAUCCUGGCCGACACGUCGGAGCCGCUGCCCGGCGAGGAGAAACUGGCCGCUCUGACCGCAGGAGACAGGGUGCCGUGGGCGUGCGCCCGUAACGCUUACCUCCGCCAGGGUAAGAACAGACAGGCUCUGGACGCCGUGGAGAGAGCGGCCUUCUUCGUCACGCUGGACGACACCGAGCAGCAGCACGACCCGAAAAACCCGGUGUCCCUGCGAGGCUUCGCUAAAUCCCUGCUGCACGGAAAGUGCUACGACAGGUGGUUCGAUAAAUCCUUCAAUCUGAUCAUCUACAAGAAUGGAACCAUGGGGCUGAACGCUGAGCACAGCUGGGCUGAUGCACCCAUCAUUGGACACCUCUGGGAGCACGUUCUGUCGACGGAUGUCACCACGCUGGGUUACGCCCCCGACGGUCACUGUAAAGGACAACCUCACCGUAACCUCCCCGGACCUCAGAGACUUCAGUGGAACAUCCCAGCUGAGUGCCAGACCAUGAUCGCCAACUCCCUGUCGGUAGCUCAGGCCCUGGCUGAUGACGUGGAUUCCCACAUCAUUCCCUUCCAGGAUUUUGGUAAAGGCCUGAUUAAGAAGUGCAAGACCAGUCCGGACGCCUUCAUCCAGAUCGCCCUGCAGCUCGCCCACUUCAGGGACAAAGGGAAGUUCUGCCUGACCUACGAGGCCUCCAUGACCCGUCUGUUCAGAGAGGGCCGGACGGAGACGGUGCGCUCGUGCACCAUGGAGACCUGUGCUUUCGUAAAGGCCAUGGUCAGCAACGAGCCGAGAGAGAAGAAACUGGACCUGUUGAGGCAGGCGGCUGAGAAGCACCAGCAGAUGUACCGCCUCUCUAUGACUGGUAAAGGCAUCGACCGCCACCUCUUCUGCCUCUACGUCAUCUCCAAGUAUUUAGGAACGGACUCUCCCUUCCUGCAGGAGGUUCUGUCUGAGCCCUGGAGGCUAUCCACCAGUCAGACUCCUCUCCAGCAGGUGGAGCUGUUUGAUCUGGUCAAUCAUCCUGAGCACAUUUCCAGUGGUGGGGGGUUCGGCCCGGUUGCCGAUGACGGUUAUGGGGUGGCGUACAUCAUCGUGGGAGAGAACCUGAUCAAUUUCCAUAUCUCCUGCAAGCACUCCAGCCCUGAAACGGAUGCUCGGCGCUUUGGCGACAACAUCGGAAAGGCCAUGCAUGACAUGCUGGAGCUGUUUCAGCUGGACCAGAGGGCGCAGAAGUGAGGAGGGAACGUCAUCGGCUCGCGUCUCGUUGUGUGUCGUUCUGUCUCUGUGUUUAAACGUUUGGGAAAUUCGAGGUGGGCUUGUUGAUGUGAGCGUGAUGAUAACAGGGUCGAGAGUCUGUGUGUGUGUGUGUGUGUGUGUGUGUGUGUGUGUGUGUGGGUGGGUGGGUGUGUCUGGGUGCUGGUUCUAAAUCAGCAGGGUUGGAUUUGCCACCGGUGCCAUAACGAGAGUCUUAACGAAACCACUGAAUCGUUUGACGUUGUCGUUUUCGUAUCCCUGUGCACACGCUCGGCUACGUGGGAUCCCGAGCGCUUUGGUUUGAACCACGUCGUCUCUCGUUUCCGUCGGCCAGUAAGGAAACGGUCGCGUUACCUCGGUUAAUCUCUCCAUGCACUUAGUACCGCCGUUGUGGUGAAGCUUGCUAAAUUAUUCCAGCGUAUUCGGGCCUGACGUCUCUCUGCUUACGUCGUACAUUCCAGUCGUGAUGUAGAAUCUAGCUUUUACACAACUGCAGUUUCAAAUCCUCGCACUCAGAGACUCGAUACAUUCAGUCUGUUUACCUUCGUAGAUAAAAGUAGGAAAAGGAAAUAUAAUAAUAUAACGUAGGAUUUCAGCGUCGUUCCCGGUCGCGGGAUGUGCUACUGCUCAGCAAAAUGUCUAACGUACGUUCAUCUUUCACUCCUCUUCAUUUUAUUAAUCAUUUCAGUUUAGGAAAAAACAAAACAGCAAAUUAAUCCUGAUGUAUUUAUUUUAUUUUCUUCUGUACCUUUCAUCCCAUGUUUACAAAAACAACGACUUUACAUCUGCUAUAAUACCGCACAAUAAAGAAGAAUGUCAGAUAAAA